GGCUGCUGCAAUGCGCAGACACGGAAGUGGAGCUUCCGUUCGGGCUGCGGGCGAGUUGGGGCUCCGGGCGGGCGAUGAGUGGGGGUCGCCAUGCUGGGGAGGGCGGCACCUCUUUUGGGGAUCCCUGAGGGGACUUUGGGAUGAUUUGCGGAUCCCGGUGGGAAUUUCGAAAUUUACGGAGAGGUUUGCGAUCCUUGAGAGAUUUUGGGAUGGCCUGGGUGGGAUGCGGGUACGCCGGGUGACCCUUUUAGGGAGCUGCGCUGGGGGUACCCUCACAAAACCGCCCUCACCUUCUCCCACACCUUCCCUAUUAUUCGGGAUAUCUUUGGAUUUGGGUAUUCCCUGGAAUUCUCCUCCACUUCCUCCUCAUCCUGGGAGUCCUCCCAAUUUCACCUAAUUCCCACAACCCCCCAGAAUCCAUGGAUUCUCUCCUUUUCCUCUGUGCCCGCCGCGUCGUCGCCCAGCGCCCUCUUCCCGCCCUUCCUGCCGAUCUCUAUCCCGUCCUUUUCCAAGCGGCAUUCCUGGAUGGAAGACCCCUGGUCCUGCGGGAUUUGGUGGCCACUUGGCCUUUCCCGGUGCUGAACUUGCAGCGGCUCGUGGGGCACCGGGAGCUGCUCCGGGAUCAUCCCUGCAAGCUCUGUGUCCAGGCCGUCAUCCUGGCCGUGGUGGCGCAGCUCCGGCGGGAACUGGAAGAGCCCGGCUGCCAUUCCAGCCUGCGUGUGCUGGACAUGACUGGACUCCCGGAUUCCACAUCCGGCCACGUUCCGGACAGGAUGAGCGUCUGGUCUGGCACUGUGGCUUUGGCCAAAGCUUGCAUGGAGGUGUCCAAGCACCAGCGGGAAUUCCAGCGGCGUGGAUCCAAGCGGCACAAAGGCCUCUCUGGAGAUGACAGGGCCACAGCCACUCCGCGGGCCCUGGGCAUUGCCAUCCAUGCUGACCUGUUCGUCAACGGAACGUCCUAUGGGAUCCUGCGUGACGCGCUCCAGACCAGAGCCGCUGGCCCACUGCGCCUCAAGUGCCGGGAAUUCCAAGCGGAAGAACUCUCGGCAUCUGGGAUCGUGACUUUGUUGGAAUCUCUGGAUCCUUCCUGUCUGCGGAGGGUGGAUCUGCGCUUCAAUAAUUUGGGAUUGAAUGGGCUUUCAGUGAUCCUGCCGCACCUCUCGCGCUUCCCAGAGCUGUGCAGCCUCAAGCUCCAGUACAGCAACGUGGACGUGCGGCGCCUGACUCCGGAAACAGCCGUCGGGAUCCGCUGCCUGGCUGGGCAGCUGGGAAUGUUGCCCAGCCUCCGGGAGCUCAACCUGGGAUCCUCCAGGCUCUCAGGAAAUCUACGACAGAUCCUUGGUGACCUCAGGGCUCCGUUAGAAAGCUUGGAAUUGGCCUUCUGUUCCCUCGUUCCUGCCGACCUUGCCUUCCUCUCCCAAAGCUUCCACGCUCCGGCCCUCAAAAAGUUGGAUCUAAGUGGCCACAACAUCUCCCAAGGCCUCCUGGAGCCGCUCCGGCUGCUCCUGGAGGAAACCUCAGCCUCGCUGCUGCACCUGGAUCUCAUGGAAUGCCGCAUGGCCGACUCCCACCUGGACGCGCUGCUCCCGACGCUCCGGCGCUGCUCCUGCCUGCGCUUCCUGGGACUCUACGGCAAUCGCCUGUCCAUGGCCGCGCUCAAGGAUCUGCUCCAGAAAACCUUGGAACUGCCAGAUCUCCACCUGGUUGUCUAUCCUUACCCAAUGGAUUGCUGCAAACCGGAGCCACCAGCAGAAUCCGGUUGGAAUUUUGAAGAGGUCAUGGAUGAGGAACUUUUGGCGGUGGCCAAGGCGGAAUUUAACCAAAUCUUGGAGAAUUCCAGGAGAACCAACCUUAUCUGGACUUACAACCCCUAUGGCCACAGAGACCUGGACUACUUCUCCUUGUGAUUUGAGAAAAGCUUGGAGCCUCCAUCAUAGAAAAGCAUCACCAUCUCCUUCCCGAAAUCCGGGAGUUUUCAGCCUCAUCCCAGUGCUUUGCCACCUCAUUCCAGUGGAAUUUUCUCUUUAUUUCAA